GCGAAUCCAAUAAAGCAAGCCCGAUUAUAUGUCGCGCCUCAGCCUUAUUGCAUGCAGGUCGCGAAUCCCAGUCGGAAGUCCACGCUUGUUUGUCAUUUUAGCAUUGCCAAUUUCUUGUUGCGGCCGAACGCCUUUCCUUUUCUAGGGAACAUUGAUACCGAGAGCUUCAGCAGAGAAUGCAGCAUUCGAGCUGCAAUAUCGGGUUUCCAACGACAGUGGUGCAAUAAGUUGCUAAUUCUACAUACACCUCGUGUGCUCAGGAUCUGCCUAUUUGCACGACCUUGGUCAUAGUCCAUUUGCCCGCGAUACCACGACGUGAAACGAGGGCCUGGUCCACGAACGCGAGCAUUUAUGGGUGGGAUGAAAUCCUUUAUCUGCCAGAGCUUUCGACCUCCUCUCUCGACUCUCUAAAACCCACUCCUGGGUCUCGAAAUACCGGCGAUGGUCUCCCACCAUUCCUCGUCUUCGGACCGCCAUGCGAAUGGCAGAUCAGGGGCAGGGAAUGGGCACGGCAGGACCGAGAGCACACCAGGAACGCCGAGAAAGGAACGGUCAGCGGGGAAGGAAAAGGCGGUGCAGGAUCCGGGACUGAAGGACUAUCGUCUAGGAGAAUGCUUGGGGAGGGGAGCUUUCGGAUCAGUUUACAAGGCCUUCAAUUGGGGUACCGGGGAAGCUGUUGCUAUUAAACAAAUCAAGCUUGGGGACCUCCCGAGGAGUGAGCUUCGGAUGAUUGAGGCCGAAAUCGACCUGCUGAAGAACCUCAACCAUGAGAAUAUUGUCAAGUAUCUAGGUUUCGUCAAGUCUCCAGAUUGCUUGAAUAUCAUAUUGGAGCUCUGCGAGAACGGGUCCCUACAUUCGAUAUGCAAGACAUAUGGCAAAUUUCCGGAAAACCUGGUGGGAGUUUACAUGGGCCAAGUUCUUCAUGGACUACAAUACCUCCAUGACCAAGGUGUCAUCCAUCGGGAUAUUAAAGGAGCUAACAUCCUCACCACAAAGAAUGGGAAGGUCAAACUUGCAGACUUUGGAGUGUCCACAAGUACGCUGGCUGGGGCUGAUAAAGAAGCACAAGUGGUGGGGACUCCGUACUGGAUGGCUCCUGAGAUUAUUCAACUCUCUGGAGCAACUCCUGCAUCUGAUAUCUGGAGUUUGGGCUGUACGGUCAUAGAACUUCUGGAAGGAAAGCCUCCAUACCACCACUUGGCAGCCAUGCCAGCUCUAUUUGCUAUAGUCAACGACGACCAUCCCCCACUGCCUGAAGGAGUGUCACCUGCUGCCCGCGAUUUUCUUAUGCAAUGCUUUCAGAAAGAUCCCAACUUAAGAGUCUCUGCAAAGAAGCUCCUAAGACACGCUUGGAUUGUAGGAUCUCGUCGCACUGACGCUCCAGUAGCUAAACCUCCUGCCAAUUUUAGUGAGGCAGUUGAGGAGGUUAAGCAAUGGAAUGAAGCUUUGAAGUCACCUCCUGGAUCGUUCCGAGCUUCAACAAGAUCAAAUGUCAUCAGCCCUGGGCCACAAAAGAGAGACCCCCCUUUGCGAAACAUUCAUAAUGAUCAGCAAGGUCCUGCUUUGAUCACACCUGCAAAAGGUCCUCUUUCUUUAGCAAAACCAAAACCAACAGAAGCAUUUCGAUCCCCAGAAAGCAUAGGAGAUGACAACUGGGAUAACGACUUCCUUUCUUCAAUAUCACCGAGUGCCCUUCAUCUACCUCAGUUCAAGCCCCAUGAUAAUUUUGCAGGCAUGUUAUCCUCCGAGAGGCUGAAGGCAUUUGCCUCAUUUGACGUACCCAACGAUGAGAGCGACAAUUGGGACAACAACUUUGAGGGUGACCUCGUCACAAUCAAAGGGCCUCACAAGUCGGUGGAGGUCGACAGCCAUGAGCUCGAAACGAUUCGCCCCUACAGAAUCAAACCGACAAUAGUCACUCAGGACAUCAAACCUGCAACCGAGACGAAAUCCACAUCCAGAAAACCUUCCAGAUCUGAGCCGCCACGGCCAAAAUCUCCAGUCAAAGCUCAAGUCGGGCAAAAGUUUGUCCUGCCUGCAAGACCCGCAGCCAUGUACCGCGAGCAGUCCGUGGAGGAUUAUUCAGACCUGUUUGUGGACACCGAAAGUGUGUUUGACAGAAGGCUUGAUCUUAUCAAGGAUGAUGCCCUAUCACCAAAAUUAUUCCAUCCCUCGGAUCUCACCAGCCUACCACGCUCUGCUCAAUCCCCUCUCGCCAGUGCCAACGGGAGUACUCGAAGAAAACCAAUGCCUCGGGCAGAAGAUCAAUCCAUGCGUCGAACUCGAUCUUCUGUCGAAAUUCAGCGUUACGCUGAAGAUGAGGACGACGAGGACUUCUCGGACAUCUUUGGUAAAGAGGAUGCCAUAACCGAGAAGGACGAGAGCGAUCGGGGCUCAGAGGACGGCAUGGGAGCUCUGAUGUUGCACUCGAAACUUUCGAAUAACUCCUGGCUCGGCGAUGAGGAUGAUGAAGAUGACCCCUUCGCCUCACUAGAACAAGGUUUCGAUGAGAUGGACUUACAGGCCAACAUCGCCAGGGACAAACAUGCUCGAUUAUGUACUAUGGUCGAGGGCUUGGUGAGCUCGUUGAAAGUCACUGAAGAGCAUGAGACGAUUGCAAAGGUCUCUGAACAGAUGCUCAAUGUCCUCUACGAGUCAGAAGACGCAAAAGCUCUCAUUAUCAGCGCUCAUGGGAUGCUUCCAAUACUGGAAAUUCUCGAACCCUGCACUGUAAAAAGCCGCCAGGACAUGAUUCUGUGGUUGCUGAAAGUGGUGAAUACAAUUAUAUUGAACGAUGUCGAGAUUCAAGAAAAUCUUUGCUUCGUCGGCGGCAUUCCAAUUAUUACCAAGUUUGCUGCGAGGCAGUACUCAAAUGAGAUUCGACUAGAAGCAGCUGCGUUUGUACGGCAGAUGUAUCAAACUUCAACGCUGACACUUCAAAUGUUUGUCAGUGCCGGUGGACUUAACGUCCUCGUUGAGUUUCUGGACGAAGAUUAUGAUGAGGCAAGAGACUUGGUGCUGAUUGGUGUCAAUGGGAUCUGGAAUGUGUUUGAGCUUCAGGGACCGACGCCGAAGAAUGACUUCUGCCGCAUCUUCUCGAGAAGCAAGAUUUUGUCUCCCCUUGCACUUGUCUUGGACCGUGUCCUUGCUGAAGAAGACGAACUUGCCGAAUUAAUCGAAGGGCGGAUUGUCAACAUCUUCUAUCUCUUCUCACAGGCAGAGAAUUACGUCAAAGAAGUUGUGGCCGAUCGAGUGGUGUUAAAACGUGUUCUUAAGGAUCUUCGACGGAUGACGCCUACUCACCAAGUCACAAUGCUGAAGUUCAUCAAGAAUCUCUCGAUGCUUUCGACAACACUGGAUAGUCUACACGCAGCAAAUGCCAUCGAGCUCUUGAUUGAUCUGCUGAGCUCGAGCAUGAAAAAAGCAGCACCUCACUUCCGUGAGAUCUCGAACCAAGUCUUAAAUAUCAUGUACAAUUUAUGUCGGCUCAGUAAGGACCGACAGGAGGAUGCCGCCGUCAACGGCAUCAUUCCGCUACUCCAAAAAAUCAUGAAGACGAAGAGACCUCCGAAGGAGUUUGCACUUCCCAUAUUAUGCGACAUGGCACAUUCUGGGAAGGUGGUAAGAAAAUAUUUGUGGCAAAACAAAGGGUUGCAGUUCUACGUCUCGCUACUGGAAGAUCAAUAUUGGCAGGUCACGGCCCUGGAUGCCAUCUUCAUUUGGCUUCAGGAGGAGACCGCCAAAGUUGAGAAAUGCUUACUGGAAGGUAACUUUACGGAAGCAAUCGUUCAAUGUUUCAACGCACCCCGAGCAAGUGCCUUUGAUUACAACCUCCUCGAGCCGUUGCAAAAGCUUCUACGAUUGAGCUCACCAGUUGCGGCCUCUCUCGCUCGACCCGAUAUGUUCUCUGGCAUACUUCAGAAGCUCAAUCAUAAGAAAGCCGUGGGACGACUCAAUCUUCUACGUAUCGUCCGUAGCAUAUGCGAUCCAAGCGAUGACUCGGAGAUCAAAGAGCAUCCUCUCUUUGAAGCUAUACAACGGCUCGCCGAGACUGACAGCGCAGUCUUAGUGAGAAAUAUGGCAAGCGAAUUGGUAAAAUCGAAUCUAGACAAAGAAUCAGAAAGUGGGAGUGGUGGACGGCCACGAGUUGGCACAGGCAGACGGACGAGCUCUUAUACGCCUCCUUCCUUACACCACAGCGUCUCGACCCCCAUUACGCCCACACACGUAAGCCGAGUUUCACAAUCGUCAACUUUCAUAGACGGAAGCGUCACACCAAGACGAAUACACGCCGCUCCAAAUGGCAACGACAUCCUCUACCGACCUCGAAGCCGAGACGGAGGCCAACCAAUUGUAGCACGAAAAACAAGCGCGGAACUCUCGAACAGUGCGUCACUUAGCAAGAGCAGAUUACCUCGAACCUCAAUGCUCUCGAAAUCCAGGUCUUCGAUGGCCGCCCCGUCAAUACGAGACGAACCCACAUCCAGCCGGAAAGAAAAUGGAGCCAGGUUAAGAGAGCAGUCGCGGUCAACUGCUUCUCCAGCCAUGGGAGGCACGGCUCCUCAACUGAACUCGAAACGGAGAACGAGGCAGCCAAGUGGAGAUAUCAAAUGGUCGUGAGGAAUGAGUUAUGAGAGAUGAGAAGAGAUGAUGGAAAUGAAGGAAGAAGCAUGGAGGGAUGGGAAGCGUUUCUUACCUUGUCGUUAGCAUAGGCAUGCAUUGGGUGGCGUCAAAAGUGUCUGUUGAACUGCAUAGCUUGCGGGAUGGGUAUAUUGAAUCAGAGAGGUUAGGUCUAGAGAGUACGCAUACAAUGCAGAGUAUUCAUGCAUAGAUGAAAUUAGCUCUCGAUAGUGAGCUAAUACCUUAUCCCAUGCAUUCAGCCCGAUGGAGUUGACAAGCCAUCCUCCUAUCGAAGGGGC